AUGCUUUCUCAGAUUCCAGAUACCGCUGAAGGUAUUACGAAGCUACUAAGAUCUAAAAAUACCACAGCUAGCGAUGUCGUUGAGGUUGUCUUCAAAUUUUCUGAAUUGAAGACUAAUUUCCCAAAUAAAGAGGUUUUUGUUUUAGAGUUGAUUCAAGAUAGAUGGAAUGACCAGAGAGUUCUUGAUUAUAAGAAUAAUUACCAAAUAUGGAGACUAUAUAAUGAUAUGUGGUCUACUAUUAAUAACUCCAUUACAGUGAAAAAACUAUUUAAAAACUUAAAGUUCCCUCAGUUGGUGCUCCAAAGUACACAAAUUAUCGAGCAAAAUAAAUGGGAGUUUUUAAAUGAAUUUUACAGAACUUGCACAUUAAUUAAUUCUGAAGUCACUGUUGCUUUCACAUUUGAAAUAGCUUUAAAGUGUCUUGCAAGUAUAUUGGGUAUGCUCUGUGAUGUUCGUGAUGAAGUUACGCUAACUCAUGAAUUCAGAGCAAAUAUCAUCGAUGCAGUGAUUAAGUUGACCGAUUUAAAUAAUAUAAAGCCGGAAGUCUCUAUUAAAUAUUCAAACACCUAUUGUGAAACUCUUUUAUUGCCAACUUUAAAAUACAUGGUAAGAUUCAAUGAUACUGAUUUUAAUUCGACCCUUAAUGAUAAGGAACAUCCUCCAAAUGAUAACACCAUUGAAAAACUGUUAGAAUAUUCCGGAUAUUACCUUUAUGAUUCGAGUCUUCAUACACCACAGCAGCUAGAAAAGCUUAUCAAAAAAUCAGGAGCUUCUAUAAGUUUUGCAGAUUCUAAACUUCUAUUCAACCUUUCCAUUAAUUUUUUAUCAAAACAGAAUUUUAAAGACCUAGAAAAAAUUCUAAUAUUAUUAACUAAUUUGCAUCAGGAUAUAUUACCAGAUUUAUUGAUUAAGUUGGCAUUGAAAAGGAAGACUUUAUCACAUGAGUUUUUGGAAACUUUAUUCAAAACCACAGUUGAAAAUGCUCAAAAAAAUAUGCUUUACGAUGAAACUUUUUGGUCAUUGAUUACUCAUAUUUUGGAAUUAGAUAUAGAAAUUGGCAUCAAAAACACAAAUCAGAUUUUAGUAUUAAUUGAGAACCAAUAUUCAAAUAACCAUAAUAGUACUUUUCUCGUUUUUGAAAAACUGAUAACUUGUUAUGUUAAUGCUAGAGAAUACCCAAACUUUAUAAGUAUCUGGGCAAAAUACGUUUUGGCUAAAGAUCCUGAACAAAAUAAUCUAUUUUUCUCAGAAAAUUUAUUUACUAAUGCAUUAUCAAGGAACAUUACGGCAUUAUCAAUUAGCCAGCUGUCAUCUGUCUUGGCAUCGUAUAUCCAUGAUAUUCAGGUUGAGAAGAAAAACGCAAGAGUCAAAGGUCUAUUGGAAAUAUUGCUACAUGGUCUAAAGUAUGUAUCACCAACUAUCUUACCAGAACUAAAAAUUGUGUUGAUAAAGGUUUUUGAUGAUAAUUUGAAAUCCAAUAAAACUUUAUGGAGAAUUAGAUUUUUAAUUAUGGAAGCUUUCGACGAUAUAGUUACAGAGGAAAGUAUUGAGGAAAUUUGCUCUAAGGAUUUUAAAUCUCUGUUGAAAUCAGCAGAUGAUCCUAAGUACUUAUUUUUUAACUAUUUUAAGAUAAGAGAAUACAAAGAGUUUAAACUAACUGAUAUUAUUGAAGAGUUCAUUAAAUACUUAAAGAAAACUGAAAAAAAUGAAAUGAGGGAUAUUUCGGGUUAUAUAUUUCUUCAUUGGCCAACACUCAUUUCAAAUGAAUUCUCAAAAUCUCAAGUAGAUUAUAUUAUUGAUCUUCUAAUUAAUGGUGACAUGGAAGAAGUAAUGAGUAAGCUGUUUGAAGAUGAUGAUUUUUUUGAAGAACCUAGGUUAGUUUCAACUUUAGUUGCUAAACUGGCAUCUGAAUACAAAAAUGACAUCGCUAUUAGAUAUCUCAGAGAGAUUCCAAUUCAAUGCAUUCAAAAAAAUGUAAGAAUACAACUAAUUGACAGUAUUGGUUCUAAAGCAAAGAUUUCGCAAGGAGACUUGGAAUUAGUUAACCAUUUGCUACAAUAUCCUACAUUUAAAACUAAGAUUGAAACUGACAUAGAAAAAUUAUACGUAUUUACUAAGAGUCAAAGUAAGAAAUAUGACUUGAUAAAUCCUAUUUUUGAGCGCGUAUGGUCAAACUAUCUUUCUCAAAUGAAAGAACGAUCACAGAAAGAGUUUAUUGAUAACAUGAUUAAUAUGUUACUUUCAAAUAUUUCUAAAGGGCACAAAUUUUUUGAAAUUUCAUUCCUAAUUUGCAAAAUUUCACCAACUGUCUUGGUUGAUCAGUUACAGAGUAAAUUAAUUGAAAUUUCUUUAACUCAAAUGAAAAAAAGUAAGGAUGACGAAUUGAUUUGGAAUUUGAACUGCUUGUUUACCAUUUUUAAGAAAUCAGAUUAUUCAAUUUCUGCUGCAUUAAAUAAAUCUGUGAAGGAUGAAAUAGCAAAUAUUUUGAAAACAGGAUUUAACAAAUUAAAUAAAGAACUGAUGAGUAUUACAUUUUUGAUCUACUCUUCAGUUUAUGACAAUGAUUUGCAAUAUUUAUUUGCUCAUUAUUUAAAAUUAAGAAACCUUGGAAUUCCAACUUUAAAAAUAAUUGAAGGCGUUAACUUUGCCAUAAAGCAAGACCAAACUAAGAACUUUAACGGAUUCAAUUUGGUUUUCUCUGAUAUUAUUAAUGAAUUUUCUAAUGUCCCCUCCGAUAUGAGUGGAUUCUUAUUGGAGUUAUUCAUCUCUUUACUGGAUAAUAUAGAAAAAGAAAAUGUGGUUGCUGUUAAUUUGUUUCAAAAAUCAUUAUCAGAUUUUUUUACAAGUUCUGGAAGAUUCAUCAAUAACAAAGAGGAUUUCAUAUUAGUUUUGAAAACAUUUGAGCAGUUAUUAUUGUCAAAACCAUGGCUAUUCUCUCAAUAUUCGAUUGAAUUAUUGUUUCCUAUCUGUUACAAUGCGGCAGUACUGUUUAAUGACGGCUAUCACUCAAAUGAUGAUAUUUUUAUCAUUACUACUAAAGUCAUUUCCAAGAUAUUAUUAGUUCAUAGGGUUAAAUUAUCCAACCGUAACCAUUUAUUGAACAGCUUUUUCUGCUCUUAUUUGGAGCUAUUAUCAUUAAAUGAAACAUUCGGUUUGACAGAGGCCUCAGCUGGACCUUUGGCUAGAUUAAUAUCAAACUUUUGUGAACCAUCCAAUAUUUCCAGUUCUAGGUCUCAAUCAAAUAAGGAGAUUAUCGAUUCAAAGAUUAGCAUGAUAAGACACUCUUUGAGAAAGGAUGUUCCAGUCUUGUUAAUAAACUAUAUCCAUUUAUCAAUAAAUAAUAAAUUCAAAGCAGAAAUAAGACACGAAUUAAUACCUUGUAUUUAUUCUGUAUUGAAUUUGUUAUCGAGACAGGAAUUAAAUAUUGUCAAUGCAGCUUUAGAUAAUGCAGGUAAACAAUAUUUCAGGACAAUUUAUCAGGAUUAUACUAAGAAAGGUAAAUGGUCAGAAGAUUGA